AUUUAUUUAUUAAAAACGGGUUUUGACAAGUUUAUUUAUAACAAAUGAGCUGAGGUAAUUAUUGUAAUGAACCGUGAGGUGGCAAAGCAAUAACUCGGAACGUCUAAAACAAUUAUUUGUUGUAAAUUAUCAUCAUUGGUUAAAGGUCCACUCAUUAGCAGGUUUUUUGUCACACGGUAUAACGUUUUGUUUCAUUGAUAAGGUCGUUCGGUUCUGUAGGACCGGCAUUCUUCGGUAAAAAUCGUCAGUACGAUACUUCAUUUAAACAAUUAAAAAUGCAUAAUAUUCUUUUAAUUAAUAAUUUUGUCCAGGAAAACCUUCAGUUCUCCAAAUUAUGUUGCUCGGUGAUGUUUUGGUUUUACCAUUCUGUUAAAAAUUGUUCGUGCUCUUGGUGAUAGGUAGUGGCGCUUGCCGCACCCGUUGCCAAAAUUAUGGAACAUUCCGUCGAUCCAAAUUUCGAAAAUGCGGAGGACCAAGAUUUGGAUGAGUUCGAAGACGCACCGGAAUUUCCGCUGGAAGAUAUGACACUAGAAAGAGCACUAGAAGAAAGUCAGCAAGCAAUUAAUUAUUUUUUCAACAAUCAAUUUAUCGAAGCAAAAAAUUUAAUGAGCCCUUAUUCAAACGCUUGCAUUUACCAUUCAUUGGGGCAUUCCAUAUUUUUGUUUUUGGAGGCGAUAUUAACGGUAGAGCAAUCGGCCAUCCAAACCGCAUCGAAGGCUCUGAAACAUUCCCUUAGCGUUUGUAAUCGAUUCAGGAAAAAGAAUACCAUAGGCGAGUCUUUGGGGAAAAUGGUCAGAAAGAAUCAUUACGACCAGUAUACCGAAUUAGAAGCACAUGCAGAGUUAUGUUACGCCGAAUGUCUUUUGUUAAAGUCUAUGUUGACUUUUAUGGAGGACGAAACCCUUAGUAGUUUUAUAAAGGCGGGAAUAAAAAUUCGAUCAUGUUUUAAUUCGUACAAAGAUUGUCAACAGAUUUUGUUGAAAAGAUCGUGGGAAAACGAUAGUUCCAGGCUACAUUUUGAAAGUGGCGUUAAUAUGGGCAUAGGAACUUUUAAUCUUAUGAUAUCCAUGCUUCCUAGCCGGGUGAUAAAACUAUUAGAGUUCAUAGGGUUUUCCGGAAAUAAGAACCAGGGCUUGAAUGAUCUUCACGAUGGCUACAGACGUAACGGUAUUAGACAAAUACUCUGUAUAAUGACGCUUUUAGGAUAUAAUUUGAUUGUGUUGCACGUGCUUAGUCAUAGAGAAGGUGAUCUUCAAAUAUGCGAAGAGAUACUAAAGAAACAAUUGGAAAAGCACCCCGACGGGGUGUGGUUUUUGUUCUUUCGGGGUCGUUUGGAGUUUAUGAGGGGAAAUUUAGACGAUAGCGUCUAUUGGUAUACGAGGUCGUGGAAGUCGCAAAAUCUUUGGCCGCAAUUUCACCACGUCUGUUUUUGGGAAUUGCUGUGGGUCCACUGCUUAAAAGGCGACUGGAGACAAGCUUUGGAAUACAGCACCCGUCUAAAUGAGGAGAGCCGUUGGUCCAAAUGUUUAUAUACUUACCAAAAGGCGGUGAUUUUGCUAAUGAUGAAAGACGAGCUUUCCAUUUCCGAAAAACACGAAUUGAACGAUCUUAUGAAGAACGUGCCCAAGUACAAACAGAGAAUAGCCGGAAAAUCUUUACCGAUGGAAAAGUUCGCGAUAAAAAAAUCCAGUCGGUUUUUUAACCAAAACGGUUCGCUUUACGUGCCGGUUUUAGAGUUGAUGUUCAUGUGGAAUUUGUUUAAAAUUUUAAAAAACUUUUCGGUCGCCUCCGGUAUACUCAAACUCAUCGACCGCGCGGAACUGGACAUAGAUUCGUCGAUGAAACCGUCAAGGUACGAUAACGACAACAAGGCUCUGGUGCUGCUUUUAAAAGGAGCCGCGUUGAGACAUAUGGGAACCCCAUUACAGGCAUUGGAAUGUUUCGAAAAGGUAAUAUCGAUACAAAAAUCCCUCGUAGAGGAUAAUUAUUUGGUACCAUACGCCAUUGUGGAAUUGGCGUUAACCGAAUGGUCGCUCGGUAACAGGGAAAAAGCGAUUCUCGCAUUGGAAGACGCCAAGAAAAAUUACACCGGCUAUUCUUGCGAAUCGAGAUUGCAUUUCCGUAUCCACACGGCGCUAAGCGAAUUCAAAAGCGAAUUCAAAAACGGCGCAUGACGGCAUUUUUUCAUACCGCCUAGCUUCUAGUCUAAAAGAAAACUUUUUAUUUAUAACAACAUACCAAUAUUUCUCGACUUAUAUUUCGCAUUUUAUGGCUGUGUUGUUAUUUUUUUUUUUCGCCUUUUUAUGUAUUUUUAUUGUUAUAUUUAAACUGUCGCCCCAUAUUGAUGUGAAUCAUUUUUAAAUUUAUUUAUUUCUAGGUGACUUAGGCAUUAUCCCUUCCAGCACCUUUUGUUUU